AAGUAACAGACGUAUGCGUAUCACCAGUAUCUCACAAUACGCUGUUGACAGUGCAUCAGCCGGCUAGCGAGGAUUUAGUGGGUGACAGUGCAUUGCUGGACAAUGGAAUUCUAUGCGUUUGGAAUCUGAACAACCCAUUGGAACCUGAAGAGGUUCUGGUAUCCAAUGCACUGCCGACUUGCACUGGCUGGAGUCCAGCUGGGAUGAGUGCAGUAUUUGCGGGAAUGGCUGACGGAUCACUGGCAAUCUGGGACCUGAGAGGGAGAUAUUCACUACAUAAAUCCUUAAUCGUCACAAGCAGAUUGCCACAUAGAGAAUGGCAGCUCAAACUGCCUUCUUACUCUACGGCGUCUGUGCUGGGCAGUGACAACCAUUUCAGCCCUGUGGUUUCUGUCCAAUCACCAGUACAAAGCACGAGGGAGCUUUCAUUACAAGGAUUUUCUGAAACUAGCGAAUCAUUCAUCGUACUGAGUCUCGAUGAAGAUGGAGUUAUCAUCGUAUGGACAGUAGUUGAAACAAACUCCAAUCCAGCGGGUUCCGACGACGAUUUGGGCAUUGCCCCAUUUGGAAGAUUGAGACUACUUCGGAGUUCUACAAUUCAGCUGCAGAAUGCUAUCCCCGUGGCUGGUCCACAUCUGGACGUUCUCAGGACGUUCGACAUGCAAGUGUCUCCGAUCCAACGCACGCAUAUUUUUGUAGCUACAAAUUUGGGGCUGGUUCUUCACUGUGCUCGUCACGGAGGAAGUGUCUCUCCAAAAUACUACAAAUCUAGACACGAAGAAACAAUUGCUCAAGUCAACUGCAUCGCAUUUUCUCCGCAUAAUCUACCCUUCUUCCUUGUGGGAUGCAGCAACGGAAGCUUACGACUGCAUUCAACGCACUGUGAAACGUCACUUAUGGAAUGGCAGAGUCCCACAGAAGAACCAGUGCACUCAGUACAAUGGAGCCCGAGUGAUCCGACUAAAUUCUUCAGUGUCGGUAGCGAUGGA